GGCGGCCCGAGCAAGCAGCAGCUGCCGGGGCAGGCAGGCGGCCGGGCUGGCGGGCGCGCUCCGGAGGCAAGCCGGCCGGCGGCCCAAAGGAUGCUGAUCAAGCCCACAAAAAGACAAUAUCCCACACUUCUCAUCUUAUGACUGACUUCCAAGAUAUACAGACCAGAGACACUGCUGACACCAGCUGUGCAGCUGGGAAAGUUAUAGAAGAUGCGCUCCGUGGAUGAGUUAAUAUAACAGAGAUUAUUUGGCAAGUCUUCCUGAGUCUAGCAGUUCAAGCCUGUGAAGUGACUGCUUCCUCUCCGCCUUGCACUGGGACUGAACGGGCGCCCCAGAGAGGGAACAAGAGGGAGCCAAGGAAAGUUGCUUCCUCCUCCUCGUGAUCAGCACUGCAGAAUGAUAAUCAGCGUCAUCUGAUGCACCUCGGCUUCCUCGGCUCCUCGCCACAGCUUUCCUGCCCUUCCUGCGCCCCCUCCUCCUGGGAUCCCCGGGUCCCCCCCCUUGGGUCGGUGACCGGAGUGAUGCUCCUUGGUGCCCCUCGUUUCUGUGAGCCAUGAACAUGACCACCAGCAGCCACACAUGUCCGGUGCCAGCAGUGAAUGGACAUAUGAAUCACUACCCAGCCACCCCAUACCCGCUCCUUUUCCCUCCAGUCAUCGGAGGCCUUUCCCUCCCUUCUCUUCAUGGACUCCAUGGUCAUCCCCCCACCAGUGGGUGCAGCACCCCAUCCCCUGCAACCAUCGAAACACAAAGCACCAGUUCUGAGGAGCUCGUCCCCAGCCCUCCUUCUCCACUCCCUCCUCCUCGUGUUUACAAGCCCUGCUUCGUAUGCCAGGAUAAGUCAUCCGGCUACCACUAUGGGGUCAGCGCUUGCGAGGGAUGUAAGGGCUUUUUCCGCAGAAGUAUUCAGAAGAACAUGAUUUAUACUUGCCACCGAGAUAAGAACUGUGUGAUUAACAAAGUCACCAGGAACCGUUGCCAGUACUGCCGCCUCCAGAAGUGCUUUGAAGUGGGGAUGUCCAAAGAAUCUGUCAGAAAUGAUAAGAAUAAAAAGAAGAAAGAGCCUUCGAAGCAGGAAUUCACAGAAAGCUAUGAGAUGACAGCAGAAUUGGAUGAUCUCACCGAAAAAAUCAGGAAAGCUCACCAGGAAACCUUCCCAUCGCUCUGCCAGCUGGGGAAAUACACCACGAAUUCCAGCGCCGAUCACCGCGUGCGCCUGGACCUGGGCCUCUGGGACAAGUUCAGCGAGCUGGCCACCAAGUGCAUUAUCAAGAUCGUGGAGUUCGCUAAGAGGCUGCCCGGCUUCACGGGUCUGACCAUCGCCGACCAGAUCACCCUCCUGAAGGCCGCCUGCCUCGACAUCUUGAUUCUUAGAAUCUGCACAAGAUACACACCUGAACAAGACACGAUGACCUUUUCUGACGGCCUUACCCUAAACCGAACCCAGAUGCACAAUGCCGGCUUUGGACCUCUCACCGAUCUGGUGUUCACCUUUGCCAAUCAGCUCCUGCCUUUGGAAAUGGAUGACACGGAAACGGGCCUUCUUAGUGCCAUCUGCUUAAUCUGUGGAGAUCGUCAGGACUUAGAGGAACCAACAAAAGUGGACAAGCUACAAGAACCAUUGCUGGAAGCACUGAAAAUUUACAUCAGAAAGAGGCGACCCAACAAGCCUCAUAUGUUUCCAAAGAUCCUAAUGAAAAUCACAGAUCUCCGUAGCAUUAGUGCAAAAGGUGCAGAACGUGUGAUUACCUUGAAAAUGGAAAUCCCUGGCUCGAUGCCCCCUCUCAUUCAGGAAAUGCUGGAGAAUUCUGAAGGACACGAACCUCUGACACCAAGUUCUAGUGGCAAUACAGCAGAGCACAGUCCUAGCAUCUCACCCAGCUCCGUGGAGAACAGUGGGGUCGGUCAGUCCCCACUGGUGCAAUAAGACAUUUUCCAGUCACUUCCGACAUUCCCCACUACCUUCCCCCAGAUUUAAAAAAUCAAGAAAAAAAUUUUUUUUUUUUUUACUGCUGCUUAGUUUUGGGACUGAAAAGAUAUAUUAAAAUCCAAGAAGGACCAAGAAGUUUUCAUAUGUACCAAUAUAUAAAUAUAUAUAUAUAUACGUAUAUAUAUAUAUAUAUACUCCUCACUGUUUGAUUCCUAACUAGAAAUACAGACUUUAAAUGUUAAAAAUCAGCCAUUUCAUGCAACCAGAAAUUCGUUAAAAGCUUCUAUUUUCUCUUCAAACACUCAAGAUUUGCAUGACAAGACCAAUUCCACCUGAUUGAAACCCUGGUUAGAGUUCCAAGGACUUUGUACAUACGGAUGUCUGGCUCUGCUCUUUCUCAACUGGAUGUUUGGUGCUUUCCUUUUUGUCUUGCAUAUACCGACCCACUGAGACAUCAAGGUCACGAAAAACAAGGCGAUUGUCCAGUUAAGGAAAGUUAAGAGACAUGGUCUCGCCUUUAGAGACCGCUCCAGACACAGUGUAAGACUGGAACAUACACCCAGAGAAGGAAGAUCAGAGAGAUUCCAAGUGAGUUCGUAUGGAAAUGUGUCCUGGCUCUUUCUGAUGCUCUCAAACUGCAUCUUCGAUUCCGUGUUGCCCCGUAACGAGUAGAUGACCUCGCUGCACUAGCAGAAGAGAUUUCUGUGUCAGCGUAACUGCCAGUUCAGUUUAAUCCAAUGUCAUUUGUCCAACUGUUAAUGUCACUUUAAAGGAGAAGCGGUUUAUUACUUGUUUGAUGACAGAACUACACAGUUUAAGGAGAAGAGUUACUACAUUUUUACAGUAAGGACAGCCUACCAGGCAGAAACACUUUUCAGUGUUAGGAUGUUUUUGUUUACCUGUUCACAAGCCAUUAGGGAAAUGUUAUUGGACAGUGAGUAGGCUGGUCUACCACCUAUAUUUUGUAAGUCAUGCCAGGUGUGGGGAUUUUCCAAGCUCCUUGAUGCUAAGGGGCCAUCACGAAUUCCCAAAGGCAUGGGCGGAGAAUCUGUCUCUUUUGACUGUGAUAAGAGUGGUUAACAGAUGAAAGGGUCAGUUUCUUAGGUCUCAUUUAAGCACUAGUGGAUUUUUUUUUCCUGAUAUUUUAGGAAGUCUGUGAUGUACUUUCACUGGCUCUGUUUGUACAUUGAGAUUGUUUAACAAUGCUUUCUAUGUUCAUAUACUGUUUACCUUUUUCCAUGGAGUCUCCUGGCAAAGAAUAAAAUAUAUUUAUUUUAAA